AUGGCUCUUCAGAAGAAAAUGCUGCACCUUGGCUAUAGGUCACUUUUUUGCGAUGCCAACAGAAACUUUUUGCUUCAAGCGAGCGGUCUCCACAAGUCCGCGGCAAGCGGUUCGUUUGAGAUAACGGCACACGGACAGGCGGGUCUCCAGGAGAACGUAGUCCCUCCGGCACCAGAGGUGCAGAAACUGGACCGAGUGAAAACCCUGAAGGAGAUGCCUGGACCCAGCGCUAUUGGGAAUCUGAUCGAAUUCUUUUUCCGAGACGGCUUCAGCCGUAUUCACGAAAUUCAGUUGGAGCACAGUCAGAAAUACGGGAAGAUUUUUAAGUCUCGAUUCGGCCCUCAACUGGUGGUGUCUGUCGCUGACCGUGACCUCGUGGCACAAGUGUUGAGGGCAGAGGGCGUGGCCCCCCAGAGAGCCAACAUGGAGUCCUGGAAAGAAUACCGAGACAUGAGGGGACGAUCCACCGGUCUUAUCUCAGCCGAAGGAGAUGAGUGGCUGAAGAUGCGCAGCGUGCUGCGUCAGCUGAUCAUGCGGCCACGCGACGUUGCCGUUUUCUCCGACAGCGUGAACGACGUCAUCGUCGACCUGGUGAAGAGAAUCCAGAAGCUACGCACCCAGCAGCCCGAUGGCCAGACCGUUCUCAACGUCAACGACCUGUUCUUCAAAUACGCCAUGGAGGGCGUGGCAGCAAUCCUGUACGAGACGCGUCUGGGAUGUCUCGAGGACGAGAUUCCGAAGAUGAGCCUGGAUUAUAUCAAAGCUCUGCAUCUGAUGUUCAGCUCUUUCAAAACCACCAUGUACGCUGGUGCUAUUCCCAAGUGGUUGCGGCCAGUCAUACCCAAACCCUGGGAGGAAUUCUGCAGUUCCUGGGAUGGCCUCUUCAAAUUCAGCCAAAUCCAUGUGGACAAGAAGUUUUCAGAGAUCAAGAAAAAGAUCGAUAGGGGAGAGGAAGUGAAGGGAGGCCUUCUCACUCACUUGUUGGUUACCAAGGAGAUGGACGUGGAGGAGAUCUACGCUAACAUGACAGAGAUGCUGCUGGCAGGUGUAGACACAACUUCCUUCACGUUGUCGUGGAGCACAUAUCUUCUGGCUCGUCAUCCUCAUAUCCAGCAGCAGAUUUUUGAGGAAGUGACACGUGUACUGGGUGGGAGGAUCCCCAUUGCUGAUGACAUCGCACAGCUGCCCCUCAUUAGGGGUCUCGUCAAGGAAACGCUCAGGCUUUUCCCAGUUCUCCCUGGGAAUGGCCGUAUCACACAGGAUGAUCUGAUUGUGGGUGGAUACCUAAUCCCUAAAGGGACUCAGUUAGCCUUGUGUCACUAUUCUACCUCCAUGGAAGAAGCAAACUUCCCGGGAGCUGAGGAUUUCCGUCCGGAACGCUGGAUACGUAAGGACGCGUCCGAUCGCGUGGACAACUUCGGCUCCAUCCCCUUCGGCUACGGAAUCCGCAGCUGCAUCGGCAGGAGGAUUGCAGAACUGGAGAUGCACCUCGGCCUUACACAUCUCAUUCAGAACUUCCGCAUUGAAGUGUCGCCCGUCACUCAAGACGUCCGUCCCAAAACCCAUGGCCUUCUGUGUCCCAGCGCUCCCAUUAACAUCAAGUUUGUGGACCGAGUGUAG